CGUGGCCCGGCGUGUCCACACGGCCCAGGCCAGCUUCCAGGGGGCCACAGCCUCCAGAGUGACCGUCACCGUGGGAGACAGAAGCUCUAACCUGAGAGGCGAGUGCUCCGCUGCCCAGAGGGUGGCCAUCCCGGCUCUGGGCCCCGAGGCCCUCCUCGGCUGCCAUCUUCGGUUCCAGCAGGACGUCUUCGACCUCCCGGUGACAGACGUGUUCUCGGCCGAGCCGGACUUCGACGUCACACUGGGCCAGUACCUCUGCGCGGUCACCAUGCACAGGCUGACCGACAGGCAGCUGAGGCACCUGAGCUCGAGGAGGACACCCCUGGUGGUCACGGCCUCGGUGGCCGGGGGCCAGGCCUCCAUGGAGCAGGUGGGGGCCGAGGUGCCCUUCAGCCCCGGGCUCUACGCUGACCAGGCCGAGAUCCUCCUGAGCAACCACCUGUCCAGCCGCGAGGUCAAGGUCUUUGGGGCCGCGGAGAUCCUGGACAGCUUGGAGGUCAGGUCCGGGUCCCCCGCUGUGGUGGCCUUCGUGAAGGAGAAGUCCCUGGGGCUGCCCAGCUUCGUCACCUACACGGUCGGCGUCUCGGACCCCAGGGCGGGCAGCCAGGGCCCUCUGUCCACCGCCCUGACCUUCUCCAGCCCUGCCACUAACCAGGCCCUCACCAUCCCGGUGACGGUGGCCCUGGUGCUGGAUCGCCGUGGGGCUGGUCCUUACGGGGCCGGCCUCUUCCAGCACCUCCUGGACUCCUACCAGGCCCUGUUCUUCUCGCUCUUCACCCUGCUGGCCGGGACGGCCGUCACCGUCAUAGCCUACCACGCAGUCUACGCGCCCCGGGAGCUCACCGGCCCCGUGGUCCUCACGCCCCGAGCCAGCCCUGGGCACAGUCCCCACUGUGAGUAGCCCCCGCCACGGGCAG